GUGUUUUGGGGGGGUGUUUUCUUCAUCCAGCGUCCUCAUCCUUCAAUCGGGGGGGCCAUGGCACGCACCGCUUCCCUCCUCCGCCACCUCUUGCUCUUUGGAGCAGCGGUUCUGUCCGGCUGCAUCCCAGCGCAGAUGACCCGAGUCCGUCGCCACAAUGUGAAAGUCAAGAUCAACGCCACGGGUGACACCAUCACCAUGAAGUUCCUGCGACCGAGUCCCGACUUCAAGCUGGAAGGUUACAUUCUAGGUUACGGCAGCAGCGUCUCCUCCAAGCAGUUCAUCCCUUUGCCUGAAAACGGGAUACCCUACCAGGCUGAGAUGGACGCGGAACCCAAGUACCUGGUGGCCGUGCAGCCGGUCCGUCCCGACCACGUGACCAAACACUGCACAGGAAAGUUGAACUUGGACGAGCCGCUCAAACUGGUGAUUGGCAACGUCAGCCCCACCGCGGUGCUGCUGUCCUGGGGGAGCCAUCUGAAAAAUUCCUUUGACAGGGACAUCUUGGAUGAUUGCCUGCAGGACGGUUUCUACACUGUGCGCUACCGGGAGAAAAACAAGAAGUGGAUCUAUCAGACGUGCCCGACGAGUGACACGGUCAUCGACAACCUGACUCCCGAGACGCCCUACGAAUUUGGGGUCCGCUCCAACAAGGAUGACCGCAGCGGUGCCUGGAGUAAAGCCAUCAUCCAAAGUACCAACCUGGCUGCUAAAACAAAACCGAAGCCACCAAAACGCCGUCUUGCUCUGGUGAAGCCACUGAACCCACUCAGGCCUCGAGCUUUCUUCCCGCCACGUCCAGCACUUCACAACUGGACGCAGUCUCGACUUCCUUCACCGCUGCUUCACCGCGCGGCUCUCCCAGGCAAGUGGCACUCUUCCUUUGCUCGUGACCUCUGGCGUGACCUCUGGCGCUCGAGAAACACCGUUUUUGGGUUGUUUUUUUUUCUCUCUUCAGUGAAUGGACACCGGGAUUUCCCCCCCAUCAAGCCCGUCUUAUGGACACGUCCUCGUUCAGGGUCCGUGGGCAAGAAAACAAACCUGCUCGGAAAACCGAACCAAUCAGAGAAGACCGUCGACCGGAAACGCGCCGAUAAACUGGCCGUCCUCCAGCCCAAAGUUCCGGUGGCCGCCACCAAGCCAACUCUCUCCAGGCCGACUGAGCGGCGACAAAAAUACACCACCACGAUGUCGCCCACGACUCAAGCCCCUCAGCAAGAAUCGUGGGGAAACUCAGACUUGUUCCAGUCGCAGCCUGCUUCGGACAUUGACGCCACGGGCAAAAAACGUUACGUGGCACCUCACGUCAUCUACCAAACGGGCAAGAGAGCGGACGAGCCCUGUUCCAUUACAUCGUCCUUGAACUUCUUCCCCGAGGAUGAGCGCGGCGACGUCAACGUGACGGCCGCGCCCAAGUCGCCGCCCUCGAACCUCACCGUGGUCACGGUGGAGGGAUGUUCUUCCUUCAUCAUUCUGGACUGGGAACAGACCAACAAUGACACCACAGAGUACGAAGUAAUCUCAACCACAAAAGGACCCGACGGCGAGAAAGUUUCCAUUUUGACCACCAACCAGACGCAUACAGCAGUGGAGAACCUGAAACCCGAAAGCAGUUACGAGUUCAAGGUGAAGCCAAAGAACGACUUUGGCGCAGGUCCGUCCAGCGAGCCGGUAUCCUUCAACACCGAGUCGGCGGACCCUCGGGUGAGCGAAAACGUCUCAGGUAAAGAUGCCAUCUGGACGCAGUUCCCCUUCAAGGCGGACUCUUACUCCGACUGUCACGGCAAACAAUACGUCAAGAGAACCAGGUACCGCAAAUUUGUGGGGGUCCAACUCUGCAACUCGCUUCGGUACAAGAUCUACCUGAGCGACUCGCUAAACGGUAAAUUCUACAACAUCGGAGACCAGAGCGGCUUCGGUGAGGACCACUGCCAGUUUGUCGAUUCGUUCCUGGACGGGAGAACUGGACGGCAAGUGGGUGCGGCCCAGCUGCCAUCCAGAUCUGGCUUUCAUCGAGCGGUACGACAAGAGCCAGUUCAGUUCGGCCCAAUCGGUGGACACUCCCACAUCGGCUACGUGUCUUGGUACGAGUGCGGAACUCCCAUCCCAGGAAAAUGGUAAACCCGUGACUUUGGGGCAGGGGGGGGGGGGCAUUCUUUUACUUUUACCAGGAGUGGAACUCCCAUCAAAAAUAACAAACUCGGUCGCACGUUACCUCAUCAGUGUGGAAAAUGAGACUUCUACAUUUGCAGUUUGCACAUCAGAAAUGUCUUUCUGUGGGUACGCAGAGAAUUUUCUGUCCUGAAAAUGUUGUUCACUUCAAGGAGCGCUCAAACUUCAAAAACAAAAA